AUCUCCCGUGGAUUUGAGGCAGUUCCUAUCAGCUGUGUUAAUGGUGUUGACAAUGAACCAUGUCCUGAGAACUUUAAAUAUAUACAAGACAACUUUCUCAACUCAUCCCUGCAUAUGGACAAAGACAUUACUCAUCUUCAGCACUGCAGGUGUACAGACGACUGCUCAUCAAGUUCCUGCUUGUGUGGUCAGCUUAGUCUGCGUUGUUGGUAUGACAGUGACGGUCGCUUACCACUGGACUUCUGUGAAUGGGAACCUCCAGUGUUGUUUGAGUGCAAUCUUGCCUGUUCCUGCUGGAGGACCUGUAGGAACCGUGUUGUUCAAAAUGGACUCAGGGUCCACCUACAGCUCUACAAGACGGAGAAGAUGGGCUGGGGAGUGAGGGCACUGCAAGAUAUCCCUCAAGGAAAAUUCAUUUGCGAGUACAUUGGGGAGAUCAUCAGUAACACUGAGGCUGACAAAAGAGAGAAUGACUCUUUCCUUUUCACUUUGGACAAUAAGGUAGGAGAACCAUUUUGCCUUGAUGCUAAUCUCUUCGGCAACAUUGGUCGCUUUAUCAACCAUCUCUGUGAGCCCAACCUGAUAGCUGUGAGGGUGUUCACCAUUCACCAAGACCUGCGCUUCCCAAGAAUUGCCUUCUUUUCAAGUAAACCAAUCAAAGCUGGAGAGCAGAUUGGGAUUGACUAUGGAGAUAACUACUGGAGGGUGAAAAGCAAGUACUUCAGCUGCUUGUGUGGCUCUCUGAAGUGUCAUCACUCAAAUGCAGGCAGAUAGAAGAUAUCCAAUGCUGUCUAUAUCAAUACAUUCUGUAUUUGAGAGCUGUAGAGUUGUGUACUGUACCGGCCCUGGUCUGGCUUGUUGAAUGUUUAGAGCUAAUCUUUUUUCUCAGUUUAUAAAGACAAGUAAAUUUCUAUGCAAACUACAAGACUGAACUUUUGUGAUCUUACAAUACUUAAUUCUUGUUUUAGUUGCCCUUAAGUUCUGUGCUGACAUAGUUAGAAAUAAAUACGGAAAUAUAUAAAUGCUAAAUAGAUAAAUAGGCAUGCAGUUAGAUAGGCAAAAAAUACAUCAAAUGAAUAAAUGCAAGCAUUAAUUGAAUUAUACAAUAAGAAAUGCAUGUACACAUUUUUAGUUAGCUUAUUUGAUCACUUCUAUAAUAAUUGCCAUAUUUAUUUAAUAUAAUAAUUUUCACCUUUACCAUUUAAAUACUUUUGUAUGUAUUUACUUCCUGUACGCUCUUAUUUUUAUUUUUGUUCUCUUAUUUUUGGCUUUAUUUCUUCUAUGUUUUUUACUCUAUUUCCUUCCCCCUAUUUAUUUUUUUCCUGUCCUUUUUCCGUUUCUGUAUACAUUUCUACAAUAUCAUGUAAAUGAAGAGGGGAUGGUCUUAAGGUGACAGCUUUUGCCCACUGGUUAGACUCCAUAUGCUACCAGGCCAGCCAAAGUCACAACAAGAGAUACCUACCUACGAUGAUGUUCUCAAUAAGCCAAACUGAGGAAUUUACUACUUUUUUGAUAACAGCAGGCAUAGGCAUUCUGAAAUCACCAAGUCAUUGCAAUUCUAUGUAUUUGUUCUGCCCAACCACUUAACCAGCUAUUUUUAUUUUAACUAUGCUGGCUUGACUCACCUGGUACAGUGGUUGGGCAUAAUAAAUGGUUACUUCAC